AUGUUUGCAAGUGAAUUUUAUAUUUAUGGCAAGGAAGAUGUCUCGGUUCCAGCCCAUUUGAAUUUUGGCAAGUACAUGUUAGAUAAGUUAAGAAGACAUAAAGAUGGAAUAGCUCUGGAAAAUGCAGAAACAGGAGAAACUCUUACGUAUAAAGAACUUACUAGAUACGCUGUUUCCUUGUCUAUUUCAUUAAUAAGAUUAGGAGUAAAAAAAGGUGAUAUCGUUGCAGUUGGAUGUGAAAAACGCAUUAACUUUAUUCCGACGGUACUGGCAAUAAUAUUUACCGGCGCGACUUACACGCCAUACGAUAUAUACAGCGGCAGAGCUGUGUUAAAACAUAAAUUGACAAUUACUCAGCCAAAAUAUUUCAUUCUUUCAAACAAAUUUUGGGACACGCACAAGGAUAUUUUACGAAGUUUCGUUUGUAUUAAGACAUUCAUAUCAUUAGAUAAAGGGCAGAAAGAUGCAGUUCAAGUCAAGGAUUUAAUAACAGAUCAAGUUGAUAUUGCAAAGUUUGAACCUAUUGAAGUGAUCGGGCAGAUUGAUACAGCAUUUAUCUUGUACUCGUCUGGAACGACUGGCAUGCCUAAAGGAGUACAGUUGACACAUUUAAAUUGCAUUCUUAAUAGUUCUCAAGAUGAUUUUAAAGACGAAUCAUUGCAAACAGCUUUUGUGUGCGGAGAAUGGUAUCAUAAUUAUGAUACUUUUAUGACAUAUAAAUUUUUAGCUGCUGGAAGAAAAGUUGUAUAUACUGUUGAUGUCUCAGAAGAAAAUGUAUUAAUGGGUAUGGAUAAAUGCCAAGUAAAUAUCGCAAUGCUUAGUCCAUCUUUUGUCAGUUAUUUUUCUAAACGAGAAAACAUGAAAAAAAAUUAUUUUAACUCAAUUAAAAUAAUAUAUUCGCGUUCAGGUCCACUUCAUGCUACAACGAUUGAAAACUUUAAUAAAAGAUUUCCAGAUAUUGAAGUUUUACAAGGCUAUGGAAUGACAGAGGCUGGUGAGUUAACAUCGGAAAGUUGGGCCACAAAAGGGCCUAAAGCUGGAAGUGUUGGAAAACCAUCACCGUGUGUAGUACUCAAAAUUGCUGAUCUUCAAACAAGAAAAGCACUUGGACCUAACCAGCCUGGUGAAAUUUGUGUAAAAGGACCAAUUUUAAUGAAAGGCUACAUUGGUGUUGAUUCCUCAAGUUACAUGGAUGAAGAGGGUUUCCUAAAAACUGGUGACUUAGGAUACUAUGAUGACGACGAAUACUUUUAUAUUACAGAUAGAAUAAAAGAAAUUAUUAAUUACAAUGGAAACAAGAUUGCACCACUAGAAUUAGAAACAAUACUGAUGUCACAUCCAGAAGUUCGCGAAGCAGGAGUUGUAGGCAAACCUGUUCCUGAUUAUGGAGAAGUGCCAGCAGCUUUUAUAGUGAAGCAACAGUCAUCAAAUAUUACUGAAACAGAUUUGAUUAAUUAUGUUGCUUCCGAGGUUUGUCCGAUUAUGCAACUUAGAGGCGGUGUUCGAUUCGUUGAAAAACUUCCUCGAAACCCCAGAGGAAAAAUAUUACGGCGACGAUUAAGAGAAAUGCUUAGUGAUUAA